GCGCGCGGGGCCGAUGGCGGCGGGGCUGCGGCGCGCGCUCUGUCCCAGUUGGUUCCCGGUGUCCCAGUCGCGGUUGAUGACGUCAUCAGUGACGUCAGCGAUGACGUCAGAGCUGCGCUCGCUGCGGCUGCUGCGGGAGCACCCAAGGGUGCUGCACGUGCAGCUGCACCGGCCCAGCAAGCGCAACGCGCUGGACCUGCACUGCUGGAGGUACUGGGAUAAACUGGGAGGCCUGGUGAACGAGCUGGCCUUCACCGCCCGCGUCAUGAGGGCGCCCGAGGCGCUGAGCUGCGGCCUGGUCAGCCGGGUGCUGCCGGACAAGCCGGCGCUGCUGGAGGCGGCGCUGGAGGUGGCCGCGGCCAUCGCCGCCCGCAGCCCCGUGGCCGUGCAGGGCACCAAGGUCAACCUGCUCCACUCGCGGGACCGGCCCGUCAGCGAGGGGCUGCAGCACAUGGCCACCUGGAACAUGGCCAUGCUGCAGACCGAGGACAUCCCCAAGUCGGUGCAGGCGGCCCUGGACAAGAAGGGACCCGAGGACGUUCCCUUCGCCAAGCUCUGAUGUCACCUGAUGUCACCUGAGUGCCACCAGUGCCACCUGAGUGUCCCCAGUGUCCCCUUCGCCAAGCUCUGAUGUCACCUGAUGUCACCUGAGUGCCACCAGUGCCACCAGUGCCACCUCGGUGUCCCCAACAUUCCCUUCGCCAAGCUCUGACGUCACCUGAUGUCACCUCGGUGUCACCUCAGUGUCCCCAAGGUCCCACCAUCCCUGUCCCCAUCCCUGAUGUCACCUCUGAUGUCACCUCGGUGUCACCUCGGUGUCCCCAAGGUCCCACCAUCCCCGUCCCCAUCCCUGAUGUCACCUCUGAUGUCACCUCGGUGUCACCUCAGUGUCCCCAAGGUCCCACCAUCCCCGUCCCCAUCUCUGGGGCCACCUCGGUGUCCCCCAAUAAAUUCUUUGUCCCCAAA